UUUCAACCAACUGCCAACCAUUUCAGCAGUGCCGACGAGCAGCAUGCGAACGACCUUGUCGUCCGCUAGCAACCCAUAAGUCACUCAUCCUGCAUCGCCAUACCGCACGCAGGCAUAACUCUCUCGGUGUUCUGUCAACACCACCCACCCGCCACCGCUAUAUCGGUGAUAGAAAGAAAAACGCAAACGUGGCGCCACCCCGUCAUCUGCGCUAGAUUCUGCGAGAUGCAAUGCUGCCUAACGACAACGCAAACAUAUACCCACCCCCAGGGGGUCGAAGCGGCAAUGCACCCCCUGGUUUUCCACCAUACGAUACCCAAAUGCUGCAGGAUUACUCGGCACGGAACCGAGACUUGCUCGAUAUACAAAUGCCCCUAGCUACGGCUGGGAGUUCGAGCACAGCGGUGCCAGCAACGUUGCGAUCAUACCCUCAUUACUACCAAUCGCAACCGUAUGCAAAUGCGUACCGCUCAUACACAUACAUGGAGUAUCCUUCAAUGCAUGGUCUGCCUCGACAACCGCAGACUCAUCGUGUGCAACAGCAUCAAGAGCAGCAGCAGCAGCAGCAGCAUCAGAUGCAACAACAGCAGCAGCAACAGGCUCAGUCAACAUAUCCAUUUGCAUCCCGUACUGAUCCUCUGUCGCAAGCGUUCUCGCAAGAGCGCCCGCAAAUGCCGCAUUUCAUUCCAUCAUCGGGAUCAGGCGAGGGACCAUCUGUCCCUCAAGUAAGAGAACCUUCGGAGUCCGUCCCGUCUCCGCCUCGGCGGAAAGUCAAAAAACCACGCGUAUCGAAGAAGAAAUCUUCGGACAAGCAGGCAGCCAGCAGUAGUGACAGUCGGUUCGAUAGUUCCCUUGGAAUUCUGACGAAGAAGUUCAUCAGCGUUCUGAGCGCUUGCGGUGAUGGCAUAUUGGAUCUGAAUCACGCCGCCACCCAAUUGAAUGUGCAGAAACGUCGUAUCUACGACAUCACGAACGUGCUGGAGGGCAUUAAUGUGAUUGAAAAGACUACAAAGAAUCACAUUCGUUGGAAGGGAGGUCCAGCAUAUCUGCGAAAUCGAGAGGAGGACUACCGAAUGGACGUCCUGAAAGCAGAGUGCGACACGUUGGAGAAGGAGCUGGCGGAACUGAGGACUGCCAUGCAGGAUGUUCAAGGGGAUCAGGAAGCUCUGCUGGCAAAAGAUUAUGUCAAGAGCUUGCUGUACGUAACGAAAGACGAGGUCCGGAACUUGACGGCCAAUCAUGCUGAGAAAGUAGUGACCAUUCAGUACGCGAUUGGGUCUACGGUCACUAUCCAGCAAGAUGACCAGGUGAACGUAGGGUCGACCCACCGAGCCACUCACCAUACAAAUUGUGAACGAGGAGGGAGGGAUAGGGAACGUCGAAGUAUCCGAUCUCGGGAAGGGAAAAGGAGGGGAGACGGGGAGGACUCUUGAGAUGCCCCGCAAGUUCUCUCCCGCGGGAUAUCCCACGGGGCGGGACGAAGUGUCUUGGGCACAAGAUGCCCAAAGCACGGAGAAAGGCGUCGGCAGCGGACAGCAACGAUACCCCUUACAGCAUGCUAUGUCCCACACCGCCAUGCCCGCGGAGCUGUACACCCAUCCCUCCGCUGCCGGGUCUGGGUCCGCCCCUUGGGGGAGUGGGUACGCGCUGAAAACCCAGCCUCGGUAUGCCGGCG